UUGUGCUUCUCCCUGCCCUCUGUGCCAGGUGCACCUGUGACCACGAGCCAUGUCCUGCUGCCAGCCCUGCGACCCUUGCUGCCAGCCCUGCGGCCCCUGCCCGCUGGCCAGCAGCUGCAAUGAGUGCUGUGUCAGGCAGUGCCAGAGCUCCCACGUUGUCAUUGAGCCGCCUGCUGUGCUGGUGACCCUGCCCGGCCCCAUCCUCAGCUCCUUCCCACAGAACACCGCCGUGGGAUCCUCCACCUCCGCUGCUGUUGGCAACAUCCUCAGCUGUGGCGGAGUGCCCAUCAGCUCCGGGGGCUUUGACCUCUCCUGCAUCACCAACUGCUAUGGUGGCAGCAGAUGUUGUCGUCCCUGCUAAAGCUGCUGGCAAUAUCCUCAGGCAAGAACCUCCAAGCCCUCAGCAUGUGGAGCUGGAAUGAAGACAGAAUUUUGGGACAUUAAAUGUAGGACUUAUGACUUUUGUUUCCUUCUUGUCUUCUCUUUUUUCUCUUCCAUUCCUUUCCUGUCACCAGCACUCAGUGCCCGCCUAGUGGGACCUCUAGGCCUUCCUCCUUCUUUCUGUCUGGAGGGCAGGCAGAGGGACACCCCAAAUGCA